AGAUUCUAUGGCCACAUAAAUACACGUACAUUAAAGGGACGUGAGAGAAACUGCAUCUGUGUGGAAGCAGGACAGAGGGAAAUAAGAGCAGCUAGGAAGACAGAGAACAACAUGCACAGAUGACCUGAACAACUUUAGGACAACGAACACAAUGAAAAAAAAACGAGCUGAUCAGGAAGACUGACAAAAGGAGUGGAGUGCAAAUAGGUCGUAGUCGUCAGUCUGCGCCAGACCUGACAUCUGAAGUGAAAAAGAAGAAAAUACGAAAUUAGUAGGAUAGGAGUAGCCUACUGGUACCGCUCUUCUGUGCAGGAAAUAUUAGGGGCCUCUGCACUGACAACUGAGUAAAGCCGGUGGUUUCAUUGGUCAAUAAAAAACUACACGCGGGGUUUUCCGCAACAUUUUAACUUCCGUUGUAAACAACAUUCACAACAACAAGCUCGACCAGAAUCCUGCGAGCACAACACAACUUUGGUUGGACUCUGUAGAGCCGCCGAGUACUGAGUUGAGUUGGCGUUGUGAUAGAUCUAGAUCUAGAGAUGUGAACGUGUUCGUUGGUUGCAAAUGCAGUGUUCAUUUCUCUAGGUCUGAGGUUAUUCCCAGGGCCUGGAGCCUGGAACUGGAGUGGAGUGUUAUCAGAACUUGUUUUUCGUCCUAGUAACCUCUAUUAGGCUGUGGACCAUGUGGUGAUUAUAUAAUAAAUAUUAUAUUAAGCUAAGCUGGUUGAAAAUGCCACGGGUUGGGAAAUCGAAAAGAACAUUUGCAUUAGCGAAAGCUAGACAACAAAAACGUUUAAAUCAAAUUCAAAGGAAACUUAAUGGAGGCGGAGGCCCUGGAAUAAACGAAAAAGACAAUGGCAAUGGAUGUUCACCCACCAACGACAUUGCAAAUGCGAUUGGUCCAGCUCAAUCAGAGAUGCCAGCAGCGAAUCAGCAGCAAGAUCAUCAGACUGGAGACCACGGGAAUAAUGGUGUCAUAGAGAGGUCCCAGCGUGCUCCAGGGUCAGAGAACAGCACCGUUACUAACCAUACCCGGAAUCCAAGCUCCAAGAUAACCUCCCCUUCCGACCCGGACGACUUUGUUUUUGAAAAAUUUGACAGGAGCGGGCGCAUCAUCGUAAGAAUUGACUCUGGUCAGAUCAUGACGGUGGUUUUCGAGCAGAGUGUUCACAUCCAAGUCUUGUUUGAUCCGCUGGACACGGCUGUUGACUCAGCUGGUGGUCCCCCCAGGUCCAGCAGACCGCCAGGUUUUUCAUCCCGCGUGAAGCGGGAACUGGCGGAUGAUGGCAAGUCGAGCUGUCUCGUUAUCGAGAAUGCUAUCUCUGGAUUAGAGAGAGACCUAAUAAGUGAGAGUGGCCCGUUGCAUGGACCUGCAGAAGAGGGUGGAGAGUUUCCAAUUUUUGCCGUUUCUCAGGACGAGUGCGGCAAAGAAAAAAGUAACGAGCCUCCCGGGAGGAAAAGAAGACGAUCCAAACUGGAGGAAGAGGAGGAGGAGUGUUACUGCCACUACUGUGACCUGCCUCUGCCGAGCAGGGCCAAGUUCAUGAGCCAUUUGGAAAAGAAACAUCCCAACCGCAGGGAUAGCAAGAAGCUAAUUCGGGAAUAUUCUUCAAAGAAUGAGAAUAUGGGAGACAGCGGUGAGGAUUUGUCGGAGGAUGGUGACACCGAUGACACGGAAGCGUUUGAGUGUGGCCGCUGUCCUGACUCCUUCCGAACUCAGUCUGGAUAUGAUCGGCACCUCAAGUGGCAUCUGAGAGAAGAGUAUGGAGGAGAGAUUCCUGUGGAAGUAUACAGACAGAACUUUCUAGAAAAUAAAAAACCUGUCAGGGGUGAAAUUAACAAGGGACUUCUCGAGUCAGGUGAGGACAGGCGUUCAGCGCAGGAAACCACGCUUGAGAUUCCCAAACUGAAAUUUACUUGUUCUCUCUGUGAGGACAAAUUCCCCAGUGUUUUGACCUUGAGGAGACACUACCUGGAGAAACACGAAGAUGAACUGACGUGCAAGUAUUGCGGAAUUAUUUCUAAUACUCCUGUAGCCUGUCGAAAACAUUCGAAGACUCACGGAACAUUUUGCUUUGUUUGCAAGGAGUUGUUUCCCAGCUUGGGUAUCUUAAACCUUCACUGGCGGGAUAGACAUCUACACGCGGUGGACAGCGAAGGCAACAAAUUGUUGGAGCAGUGUCCGAAGUGCAUUAUCGUAUUUGCCGAUAGAAAGAAACUCGUGAAACAUAUGGAGAUACACAAACGGGUUGAACAGGGGCGCAAAUAUGUCUGUCACAUAUGCGCAAAGGUCAUGCUAUCCAAGCCCGGUUUUGACUCACACAUGCAAGGCCAUAGCACCGACAAGGGUGUCACCGAGCAGAUUCCUUGUGACCAGUGCGGCAAGAUGUUUGCUAACGAACACGCUGUCAACAGUCACCAUGCCAGAGUGCACCGAGCCAAACCCUACGCGUGUAAAAUCUGUGGCAAGGCCUUUUCUCUUUCCUCUCUCUUGAGACGUCACGAGUACCAUCACAUUGCCAGCAGACCCUACCAGUGCUCUGUGUGUAAGAAAUGUUUUUCACAGGGAUAUAAUUUGUCGGUGCACAUGAGGACUCACACGAAAGAGAAACCAUUUAGCUGCCCCCAUUGCUCGCAAAGCUUUAGCCACAAGUGUUCGUUACAGGGUCAUGUUGCCUCAAAGCACAAGUCAGAUACGAUGCUCGGAUAAUUUGUGAGGCAGCGCGGUGAAAUCAGGCACUCGUCAAAAUAAUGGAAUCGAAAAAAAUGACGACA